AUGGCAAAUAAUUUAUCAUUAUACAAUACGAUCGAUCAAAAUAAUCCUAAAAUGAAACAACUAUCGGAACAUGGACUGUUGUUCGAUUAUUCCUUAUCAACAUUAUUACAUCCACCAGCUCCUGUAUGGUCUUCGACACGACUUGCUAAAAUACAAGAACGACGACCAAUUAAAGAUCCCAUUUUCAUCUAUUUAAAUCCGAUGAAUACGGUUCAAUAUACAAGGAAUGAUAAUAGUAUGAAUUUCAAGUCAAAUUAA